AUGGCCCGGCUCCAAUACAACAGCGCGGUCGAAGCAUUCCGUGCCCAGGAAUACCCAAUGCUGCAAGAUUCUGUAUAUCUUGAUCAUGCCGGGAGCACGCUCUGCUCAAAGUCUUUGAUGGACUCCUUUGCGCAAGAGAUGACAUCAGUUCUCUACGGAAACCCACAUUCCGCAUCAUUACCGUCCCAGCAGUCCACAUCAAAGAUCGACGAAGUACGGAUACGCCUUCUGAAUUUCUUCAAGGCCGAUCCGGAACAGUAUGAUUUGGUCUUCGUGGCGAAUGCAACUGCUGGCGUAAAGCUAGUAGUUGAGGGCAUGAGAUCCUUGCCAGAAGGUUUUGUCUUUGCUCAUCACCAAGCCUGCCAUACUAGCGUUGUGGGAGCAAGAGAAGAAGCGCAUCGAAGUGUCUGCCUCGAUAACACCGGAGUUCAGUCUUGGUUAGACGGUGAAAAUCCGUUCAAGCCAACGACGCUUGGUGAUCGUACCACAUUAUUCGCAUACACAGCCCAGUCUCAUAUGGACGGCAGGAGAUAUCCCCUGUCUUGGGCCAAGAAGUUGAAGAAUAGUCAGAAUCAAUCUUCGCCCCGAAUAUUGACACUCUUAGACGCGGCAUCACUUAGCGCCACUUCACAACUCGACCUUUCACAUCCCGACUUUGCUGCGGAUUUCGUUGUACUAAGUUUAUACAAGAUUUUUGGAUUUCCAGACUUGGGCGUUCUCCUCGUCAGGCGUUCUGCGGCGUCUAUAUUCAGCCAUCGAAAAUAUUUUGGUGGCGGCACGGUGGACGUGGUAGUCUGUGGAGACGAGCCGUGGCAUGCUCUGAAAUCUUUAUCUCUCCAUGAGCGUCUUGAAGACGGGACACUGCCGUUCCACAAUAUCAUUGCCGCUGGCAUAGCAAUAUCGACUCAUCAACAGCUUUUUGGCUCUAUGGAUCAAAUCAGUUUUCACACAGCAUAUCUAAGUCGUGAACUCUACCGUGGGCUGUCUGAUUUACGGCACGCAAACGGGAACCCUGUUUGUCAUAUUUAUUCAGAUAUGCCUGAUGAUACGGCGCUCUUUGAUACUGGACCAGUCAUUUCUUUUAAUAUUCAAGACAGUCGUGGUUUAUGGAUUGGACUCGCUGAAUUUGAGAAACUGGCCAUUUUGAAGAAGAUGCAUAUAAGGACAGGGGGUGUGUGCAGUCCUGGUGGGAUUGCGUCUGCUCUCGAUUUACAACCUUGGGAGAUGAAGCGAAAUCUUUCUGCUGGAAUUCGAUGUGGCGAAGACAGUAACCGAUUUGCCAACAAACCCACUGGCAUAAUACGCGCUAGCCUAGGAGCAAUGAGUACCAAAUCGGAUGUGUCUCAAUUUCUGGCUUUUAUGAAAGAGUUCUUUGUGGAGGACCUGUUUACAACGCCAAAUCAGAUCGAUCCUAGCCUGAAAACUAUCGGUGCGUCAUCAAAGCUUCGAGUCAAAAGUAUUGCUGUAUACCCGAUCAAGAGCUGUAGCGGCUAUAUCGUUCCGCCUGGGGUUCGUUGGGAAGUGCGGCCCGAGGGGCUAGCCUGGGAUCGAGAGUGGUGCUUGAUUCACCGAGGAUCAGGGCUUGCUCUCAGCCAGAAGCGCUAUCCACAAAUGGCCCUGUUGCAGCCUUUGCUGCUCUUUGAUGAGGACGUUCUCCGCGUGAAAUAUCGUGGAAGCGCGAUGAAAGGGCAGCCGACCUAUGUAGAUAUACCGCUAUCCAACGACCCAUCUCUCUUUGACACAAACUUUCGCCAAACAAGCUCUAGAGUUUGUGGCGAAAACAUAUCUGCGCAAGCCUAUCUCUCUGAGCAAAUUAACGACUUCUUCACCGACUCUCUUGGAAUUCCAUGUGUGCUGGCAAGAUUUCCAGCAGGAGGCCGGGGAGCUGGUAGCAGGCUCUCCAAAGCUCGGAUGCAGAAGCAUCAGCAGACAGAAAGUGCUCAAAGCUGCCAGUACUCUUCUUUCCCCGAUAUUCCCUCUCCCCCUGAUUCGGAUUCUGAGCAGCAGAGCCAACCGGGGAAGAUUCUUCUAUCCAAUGAGAGCCCGAUUCUGAUGAUAUGUACCCCUAGCGUGGAAUCGCUCAAUCAGAGCAUCGUAAAGACUGGAGGAGCAGCUGUGGAAGAAGCAGUCUUUCGGGCGAAUAUCGUGAUUGAGACUUCUCCAGGCCAACAAAGCCGUCCUGCUUACUCUGAAGACAUGUGGAGGACGGUUAGUAUUGGAGAUCACAUUUUCAAGCUCUUGGGAGCCUGCCAGAGAUGUCACAUGGUAUGCGUGGAUCAAAAUACUGGCGAGAGAAGGCAAGAACCGUUCUCAACGCUUGCGAAAACGAGGCGUCUAAACGGCAAGGUUUAUUUUGGUACACAUAUGCGCCAUGAACCUACUGAGCAAUACGACGAGGUAAAUGCCCCGAGGCCCGCAGUACAAGUUGGAGAUGUUGUAGCCGUGGAGGAAGAAGUGUCAGAUACGUACUGCGAACGAUGA